AGUGGGAAAGGAGAAGAAGUAGUAAGGCAUUGAUGAAAGCGAAAUCGGCCAUUUGCUAGGGAUUCUUUAGUUAGCUAGGCUAGGCGAUAUAAACGUCUUAAUGGGAGAUAAAGAGUCUGCAACUAUGUUAGCUAUUAAGGCCACAAUACGCGCUAAUAUGCUUGAUACAGCACCACGAUUAACGCCAACAGGAAAAAUUAGUCAUGCCAAAACUCGCGUUUAUACACAACGAUAUCGCAAAGAUUGGGAACAGAUGCCGGAUUUUAAAGGAUGGUUGACGUCAGUAUCAAAUCAACCUACACGUGCUUUUUGCCUAUAUUGUCACAAAAAUCUUCAUGCUCAUCGACUAUCUCUUUUAAAACACACAUGUACUAUGAAACAUCAACGAGCAGCUUUGUCGCAUCUUGUGGAAAAACACAAAAAUAUAGAAAAUAACAAAUGUGGUACUAUGGUUGAUAUGAAAGUUGAAGAAAGCAAUGUUGUUGAGACUCUUGAAAGUACACAAGUAGAAACUGAAGAAAAUGAAGAUGACAAUGAAUAUAUUGUUGAAAGAUUAGAUGAUGUAGAUGAUGAUGUAGAAUUAAAUGAAGUACAAGAAAAGCAAGAAGAAGAGGAAGAAGUAGAAUAUGCAGAUGUCGAAGAAGAUGAACAUGUACAUAUACCCUCUGAUGAGGAAGAUAUUAAGCAUAUGAACAAAAAAGUUAAAUUAGAAUACGUGGAGGAUUUUCAGGAAAAUAGUAGGGAUACUUUAGCAGAAGCAAUGGCUCAUGUACAUGGUGAAUAUUUAGAUGAAGUUGAUGAUCAAGAAAAUAUUCAAAUGGAAAUGAUAGUAGAAUCUGAAGAUCAAAACGUUGAAAUUCCAGAAAUUUCAAAUUUUACUAAAACUGUAGAUAAUAAUAAAAAAAGGACAGAGGAACUUGAGAAUAAUAGAUCUAUUCUGCGUAAAAUUAAACAUGAUAAGAGAGCAGGACUUAAACUAUCGCAAGAAGAUACAAAGUCUCAAACAGAUUCAGGACUAGUAAUGACAUGUCCCUUGCCAUUAUUGGGUACGACGACUUAUCAAAUAAAUUCUUCAGUUGCUGGAACACCUACUACAAUAGGGGUAUUACAGCCAGUAAAUACCCUUCCAAUAGCACCGACGCAAAAUAAAACAAUUACUGUAACAUCAGGUGGUAAAAAAGUAACUUUAACAGGUGGUCCUUUUCAACCCGGUACUCAAUACAUACUCAGUAAAUUAAAGGGCAAGUUACCAUCAUUAAUUAUGACAGAAAAGACAUCAAUUAGUGCCAAUAAGCAAGCUAACAAGUCAUUACAAAUAGACAAAGAAACACAAGAACAGUCGGUUAUAGCUAGCACCAGUCAAUCACUUCCAAAAAACCAUGUUAUUUUGAAACCUGUUCAACUUGCAACAAAGAAGCCACGCGUUUCUACUUAUGUAAUUGAUACCAGUAAAGGUGUUCCUGUUGUAGGAUUACAAGUUAGUCUCUAUAAACUUUUGGAUGGCAGAUGGACAUUUUUAACCGAGAGCAAUACGAGUACCGAUGGUAGAUGUGCAAAUUUGUUAGAAAAAGCGAAAGUCAAUUUUACUACUGGUAGAUAUAAGAUACAUUUUGAUAUUGACAAAUAUUUCACUUUUAGAAAAAUAGAGACUAUAUAUCCAUUUAUAGAAAUUGUUUUUGAUGUAAAAAAUCCAAUUGGUCAUUAUCAUAUACCGAUAUUGUUAAGUCCAUUUGGAUACAGCACUUAUCGUGACACUGAUAGCUGAGUUGUAAUCAAAAGUUGUAAAUAUUUUUUUAAUUUUCUUAAUAAAUAAUGAGUAAUAUAA